AAUUUGGCUUGACAUUUUUGUUUUUUUCGAUCUUGCUUUCUGACAUACAUUCUCAACUUUUACCUUUUGCAGUUAUAUAUACGUAGCAUACUUUAUGAUAGGUGAAGUCUAGAGAGAUCAAAUUGGAUUGGACUGCAAACUGCUUUCGGUCGAUGGUUGUCAAGUGUUUGGAUCGUCAAGCACUUUUAAAUGGCGAUUAAAGGGGCAGAAGAAAAAACGAGGAAGAAAGACGGAGUCGCAACUUUUUUUUCGUUUAUUACAGUUAUCGAGAUUCGUGAUGGUGAACAUUGGACACGAAGCGGGCAGUUUCUUCCAAACGGAUGCUGAACUGCAGAAGCAGAAAGAGAAGCAGGCCAAAUACAAUUAUACCCUCGGCGACUGUAUCAAGUUGUCGUCCAAAGGCCUGGCCCUCAAAGUUGUUGAUGAAGGCCGAUUAGCGUACGUUGCUGAAUCCGGAUUCCUCACGCGAUGUAUCAAUCUCCAGACUGGAAAAACGGUGCAAAUGUUCAAAGGUCAUCAUGGCCCUGUCACAUCCGUCGCGCUAUCAGCGGAUGGCGACAUUCUUUGGACCGGUUCCUGGGACAAGACGAUCAAAAAAUGGGACACCAAGACGGGCGAAUGUUUGGCCACCUUGGAAGGUCACACGGAUUUUGUCAAGGCACUGGUCCUCGUAGGCAGCAAAUUAUAUUCGAGUUCCUCGGAUAUGUUCAUCCAGUCUUGGGAUACCACCAGCAAUACAUCCAUUUCCGUGUUCAAGAAAUUGCAUACACGUCCAAUUGAGAGUUUAGCCGUAUCAGAAGACGGACGUUAUCUGUACUCGGCUUCCACCGACCGGACCAUUCGCAAAUGGAAUUUGGAAACUGAACAGUGCGAGAAGGUGUUUGAAGGCCAUGAUACCAGCAUUUACUGCGUCCGCGUGUGGGACGAUGAAAUGUGGACAGCAUCCGCUGAUAAGACUGUACGACGGUGGAAUACAGAGACUGGCGCAGUGGAUAUGGUGUUAACGCAUCCGGAGCGCGUCAAAUCUGUCGUACUGAUCGGUCCUUAUGUUGUGACCGGCGCUAGCGAUGACAAUAUCCGUAUUUGGGACAUUGCCUCGGGCGAUUUAAAAUGCACUAUCAAGGGCCACUUUGAUGAGGUCGGCGGUUUAGAAGCUCAUGGUACAAUGAUCUACAGUGUAUCGCUUGACUGUUCAUUGAGACGAUGGUCUAUUACAGCUUCAGCCUUGGAAGAAUAUAUGAAGAAUGAUAAGGACGAAAUUCCGCAACCGGCUACUGAACCCGCCUCGGGUCCUCAACUGACGCAAGAAGAAGAAGAUGAGUUGGCGGAACUCAUGGCCGAUGACUAGAUUUGAUAGAUGAAACGUUUUUUUAUC